ACAAACUGCUUUCUUUUCAGCGAGGAUGGGGGAGAUUGUGUUGUCUUUCUCCGCGGAGAGCCCUCCUCUCUCAGUCAUCGCCGCGGCUAACAUCGUAGGAGUGACUCUCACCUUGGAUCCAAGCCUCCCUCCCGCUUCCGCUAGCCUUCUCCGCUUCUCUUCUGGAUUGAAAUUGCAGGGAACAAACACUCUCUUGCGUUAUCUUGGCAGGGUUUCAAAACUUCCUAAUUUCUAUGGAAAAGAUGCAAUAGAGUCAUCUCAGAUUGAUGAGUGGCUUGAAUAUGCUCCAAUUUUUUCAUCUGGUCCACAAUUUGAGAGUGCAUGCUUGCAUGUAGAUGGAUAUCUUGCUUCGAGGACCUUUUUGGUUGGGUAUAGCCUCUCUAUUGCUGAUGUAGCAUUAUGGUCAGGUCUUGCUGGCACUGGGCAGAGGUGGGAAAGUCUGAGGAAGUCAAGGAAGUACCAAAAUGUAGUCCGUUGGUUCAACUGCAUAGCAGAAGACUACAGUUCUUUGAAUGAAGUUACUAGAACCUAUGUUGGCAAAAGAGGGCUGGGAAAAUUUCCCUCUACCAAUCCUACUCAAGCUUCCAAAGAACAUGAAGAACCAUUGGUAAAUGGUGAAGUAAAUCCUAGGGAGAAGGCUCUUCCUUUUGAAGUUGAUCUUCCAGGUGCAAAAUUUGGAGAAGUUUGCUUGCGGUUUGCCCCGGAACCAAGUGGAUUCCUGCACAUUGGGCACACUAAGGCCGCUUUGUUAAAUCAAUAUUUUGCCCAGAGAUAUAAAGGAAGGAUGAUUAUACGCUUUGAUGAUACAAAUCCUUCGAAGGAAAGCAACGAGUUUGUCGAAAAUCUGUUACGAGAUAUUGAGACAUUGGGCGUCAAAUAUGAUGCUGUUACUUACACGUCAGAUUACUUUCCACGGUUGAUGGAAAUGGCUGAAAGCUUGAUAGCCAAGGGAAAAGCAUAUGUAGAUGAUACACCUAGGGAGCAGAUGCAGAAGGAAAGGAUGGAUGGGAUUGAGUCAAAGUGUAGGAAUAAUAAAGUUGAAGAGAAUCUUUUGUUGUGGAAGGAAAUGAUUGCAGGUUCUGAAAGAGGCAUCCAGUGCUGUGUACGAGGUAAACUAGACAUGCAGGACCCAAACAAAUCGCUUCGGGAUCCCGUUUACUAUCGGUGUAACCCAGAUCCUCAUCAUCGUGUCGGUUCUAAAUACAAAGUUUAUCCUACCUAUGACUUUGCUUGCCCAUUUGUUGAUGCUGUAGAGGGUAUCACACACGCCCUUCGUUCAAGUGAAUAUCACGACCGCAAUGCACAAUAUUACCGUAUACUUGAUGAUAUGGAACUAAGAAAAGUGCAAAUAUAUGAGUUCAGCCGACUCAAUAUGGUUUAUACUCUUUUGAGCAAGAGGAAACUUCUUUGGUUUGUCCAGAAUGGGAAAGUGGAAGGGUGGGAUGAUCCACGGUUCCCAACUGUGCAGGGAAUAGUACGUAGAGGUCUAAAAAUUGAGGCGUUGAUUCAGUUCAUUCUUCAACAGGGUGCUUCCAAAAAUAUAAACCUCAUGGAGUGGGACAAGCUCUGGACUAUCAAUAAAAAAAUCAUUGAUCCCAUUUGUCCAAGGCAUACCGCUGUACUUGAAGAGGGACGAGUAAUUUUCACCCUUGCUAAUGGUCCUGAAAAGCCAUUUGUUCGUGUCUUGCCAAGGCAUAAGAAAUUUGAGGGUGCUGGGAACAAGGCCACGACUUACACAAAUAAGAUAUGGGUAGACUAUACCGAUGCAUCAACUAUGUUAGAGGGAGAGGAAGUAACUUUGAUGGACUGGGGGAAUGCCAUUAUUACAGAUAUUAAGAAGGAAAAUGGUAUCGUUACUCAUCUGGUUGGGGUUCUGCAUCCAGAAGGCUCAGUGAAAACAACCAAGUUGAAGCUUACAUGGCUUCCUGACACAGAUGAGCUAAUUAACCUUUCAUUGGUUGAGUUUGACUACCUAUUAAAGAAAAAGAAGCUGGAAGAAGGUGAGGACUUCCUUGACAAUCUAAAUUCGUGCACAAGACGAGAGGUUGCGGCUCUCGGGGAUUCCAAUAUGCGUAAUCUGAAGCGUGGAGAUGUAAUCCAGCUUGAGAGGAAAGGUUAUUUCAGAUGUGACAUCCCAUUCGUUCGAUCUUCAAAACCCAUGGUUCUGUUUGCGAUUCCAGAUGGCAGGCAACCAACAUCUUUGAACUGAACUUAAUUUAAGCUUUGAAUAAGCGGCUAGAAAGAACUUUUAUUAAUGCUAGUUGCCAGCUUUGGCUGAUGAAGCUACGAGGCCAGAUUGAUUUAUUAUGACUGUUCAGAGCUGGUUUUUUCAUGCUGAAAAGAGCCAAAAGAUUCUGCUCUUGUCUAACUAUCAAUUGCCAUCUCAUGAGAUGAAGGUUACAAAUUUUUGGGCAGGUUAUUAUGUCUGAGUUCUUAAAUAGUUCAUGUAAGUUUCUGAAACCAACUGAAUCAUCUAUACUUUCUGCUUGAUUGAUAUAUCGAAGCUGUAUGUUGUCAGAAGUUAUAAAAUGUUACAGCUUGAUUUUAUUUAAUGAUGAUGAUGGUAUAAACAUACUUAUAUAAAGUCA